AUGAUUCGUGAAAAUUUCAGUGCAAAUGCAAGCGGAAUGCAUUUCCAUCCGGUGAUCGCUGAACCGCCUCAUGUGGAUGUCGCACCGGUGGCCAUAGCUCCAAUCGUACAACCGCCACCAGUCGUCGCUCCACAAGAAGUUAUUCAUCCACCACCAGUUGUCGCUCCGCCAGAAGUUAUUCAACCACCACCGGUCGUUGCUCCACAAAAAGUCAUUGUUCCACCACCAGCCGUCGCUCCUGUACCGGUACCGGUGCCCAUUCAUCACGAACAUCCUCGUACUGAAGUCCGCAACGUCGUAAGUCACUACGCCAAAGAAGCUGGCCAUACUUCUGCCACCGCAAUGGUUUCCGGAGAUGAUCACCACGGUAUCGGACAUGGUCUUAUCGGUCAUGGUCUUCUCGGCCACGGUCACGGUGGGCUUCUUCCAGGCGGCCUAAUGGGCGGCGACAUGCACUACGCCGGAGGACUGGGCGGUGGAAUUAUUGGCCGAAAAGCCGCCGUGAAGGCCGCGAAGAAGAAGACCACAUAA